ACACACACACACACACAUACACACAUACACACACAAACCACCCACCACCAUGAAGAGGCAGAACGUGCGGACCCUCGCCCUCAUCAUCUGCACCUUCACCUACCUGAUCGUGGGCGCCGCGAUUUUCGACGCGUUGGAGUCCCAGAAGGAGACGAGCCAGCGGCGGAAGCUGGACCUGAGGAAAGCGGCGCUGCUCCGGACCUUCAACUUGUCCUCGGUGGACUUCGACGGGCUGGAGAAGGUGGUGCUGCAGCUGAAGCCGCACAAAGCCGGCGUGCAGUGGAAAUUCGCCGGCUCCUUUUACUUCGCCAUCACUGUCAUCACCACCAUAGGAUACGGCCAUGCAGCCCCCAGCACAGAUGGAGGGAAGGUGUUCUGCAUGCUCUACGCCCUCCUGGGCAUCCCGCUCACCCUGGUCAUGUUCCAGAGCGUGGGCGAGCGGAUCAACACCUUUGUCAGGUACCUGCUCCACCGCCUGAAGAAGUGCGUGGGCAUGAGGCACACGGAGGUGUCCAUGGUCAACAUGGUGAUCAUCGGUUUCAUAUCUUGCAUGAGCACAUUGUGCGCCGGGGCACUGGCCUUCUCCCACUUUGAGGGCUGGAGCUUCUUUCAUGCCUUCUACUACUGCUUCAUCACGCUCACCACCAUCGGCUUCGGGGACUAUGUGGCGCUGCAGAACGAGCACGCUCUGCAGAACAAGCCCGAGUACGUGGCCUUCAGCUUCAUCUACAUCCUGACUGGUCUGGCUGUGAUCGGAGCCUUCCUCAACCUGGCAGUGCUGCGCUUCAUGACCAUGAACGCCGAGGACGAGAAGCGGGACGCAGAGCAGAGGGCGCUCCUCGCUCACAACGGGCAGGCGGGCGGACACAUCCACUGCUCGGCCGACCCGGCCUCCUCCUCCUCCACGCCGUCUGGAUGCGGUGGAGGGAGCGGGGCGGGGGGCAACGGACCAGCGAGCCGGGGCCUGCGUAACGUGUACGCUGAGGUGCUCCACUUCCAGUCCAUGUGCUCCUGCCUGUGGUACAAGAGCAGGGAAAAACUGCAAUACUCCAUACCCAUGAUCAUCUCACGGGACCUCUCCACCUCGGACACCUACAUGGAGCAGGGAGAGAACUUUUCCAACCCCCUCCACUCGAAUGGAUGCGUGUGCAGCCUGCAGCGUCACUCGGGCAUCAGCUCCGUUUCCACUGGUCUGCACAGCAUCAAUACCUACAGAAGACUCAAUAAACGUAGAAGCUCCAUCUAAGCCCAGAGGAGUUCAUGCUCCAAGGUCAAGCUCCACUCGAGUCUACCAUGUGGAGAGGGGGGGGGGGGAGGCCCUCCUGACGUGGCAUUAGAUUAGCUGUGGACAUCGGGGCGCACAACUCCGGCCCAGAGGAAACGCAGUGCUCCUCAUGUUUGCUUCUUUCUGGCACUGAAGCUCCAGCCGUGUUUUCAACUUCCAUUAGCAAAAGCACAAACCAGUUAGGACAACGUUGUUCCUGAGAUAUUAUGCUAAUGGUCGAUCGAGAAGCAUUCAAACUUUGGAACUCUUUCUGUUAGAGGACAAGGAGAAGGGUUCUUUCUCCACCUCGGAACUCUAACAUACUCUAUUUCGACAAAGGGACAAAAUACACUGUGAAACAAUGUUUUUAAGAGGGACUGGGUGUUAACUGUAUGUGAAGCCCCGCUAAGAAAUAUUUUCUUUAGUCACACAAAGUCCACUUUUUUCAAAAAAGUCUUCUUAGAGGGAAUCUUAGGGUUGUAAGAAAUAUCCUCACUUCAAAAUGUGUAUAUAUUUGGACACCUCACUUGUAGAAAGCCUAUUUUUUCAGUGAAACUUUUCAAGAGUAAUCACGGUGUCUUCUCCUGUGUGUCUGUAGCUAAAGAUUCAAGCCAAAUGUUGUUCAUCCGCUUCAUGUAUUUUCCUUCCACUAGAAAAAGAUUCACACUACAUGCAUCCCAAUGACAGUUUUGAUUGAGAAUGAGCAGGAAUGGUUUCAAAGCUCAAGAAUGGGUCACAGCCCACCUCUUUGUAUUUCGUACAAAUCGCUAUGAAUUUCUUUUUCAUAGUUUCUUCACCUGUUGCUUGUCUUACAUUUUCAUAUAGAACUAUAUCUGUUGGAGCGUGUAAGCUCACUCUGUAGAUAGUAGAAGAUCAUAUCUCACUCACUGCGGCACCUUAGAAGACUGUUGUAAAGGCUUUAGGACACUGGAACUCAGUGCACUAUUUUAUUCUAUUUUUUUAACGUAAGUACUCUAUGUUUUGUUAUGGAAAUGAUCUGCCCUUAUUAAUUCAUUCUUCUGAUACCCGACAUAUUCCUCUGUGUUGCUGUGAGUGCUUCAGAGUAGCAGUACAGAGUUUGCACCUCAUGCACUUACGGGGGAGCGUGUGUUUUCUCCAACCCCAAAUAACACACUUGAUUCAGCAAACAGAGGUCUUUAUGCAGUGUGUGUUCUCUUCAUGUUUAAGUCCUCUGACUGCGAAUCUUACAUAAUCAUUGUUUCAUUUUUUGGUUUAUUUUAUUUGAUGAUGUCUCAGAUCGGAUUUCCGUCUUUUCUUUUCUACUGGAACAUUCUGAUUAACUGCAAUACGCGUGUUAAUAUUGUUCAGCCUCUCUCAUUAAUCAACAGAGGGACUUCAGUCAGUGUGGCUACAUUCAAAGCAUGUUUUGUUUUUUUCUUUGACAAUAAUAAAGUAUGAUUUAAAAGUAUUGACUAAUGAAUUU